AUGCAGAAACAGAUGCAGCAGGGCUUCUGUUACCUUUUUGAUGAUGCCAUUGAGUUAUCCUGCUGGGCCUGCUUCCCACUGGCCUUCAUGGGUGGUGGUCCUUGUGUCUAUGAAUUGAUUAUAAAAAACAAAUGUGAUUUCCUCUUAGGAAUCUCCAAGGAUACCAUUGAAAAAUACAGGAACUUCAAGACCCUCACUGAGGUGGUUCAGGAUGGGAACAACUUUACCUGGAUCAAUACUUACCCAGGGGGUCAAGUCGUAACUAACAAAUUCACCAUUGGCAAGGAGUGUGAAAUGGAGACCAUGGGAGGCAAGAAGUUUAAGGCCACAGUGCAGAUGGAGGGAAACAAGAUAGUGGCGACCUUCCCCAACUAUCAACAAACCUCAGAGAUCGUUGGAGGAAAACUGGUGGAGAUCUCCACUAGCGGAGGUGUGACCUACGAAAGAGUCAGCAAGAAAUUGUCCUAG